AGCAAUACGCAACAACGCGUCUAGUCUGCCGGAAAGCAACACGAAGAAGAACUUGUGACGAUAGUGAAAUGGCUGCGCCCAUGGAGAAUGGGCGACACUUUGGUCAAUGGAUAGGCAUUUUGUUAUUUUUGGGGGGUUUUAUACCCUCUGCCACGGCGCUUAUCGAGGGACUUUAUUGUGGCACCGAGAUUUGCUACGAUGUACUCGGAGUACCGAGAGAAGCGGUCAAAUCCGACAUAGGUCGUGCAUACAGACAGCUAGCCAGAAAGUAUCACCCUGAUAGAUUCUCAAGUCUUGCAGGCGAGACACGUGAAAGUGCUCAUCAACAUUUUUUGCUCAUUGUAACUGCAUAUGAAACUCUGAAGGAUGAGGACUCCCGUAGAGACUAUGACUAUAUGCUGGACCACCCUGAAGAGUACUACAGCCACUACUACACCUACUACAGGAGACGCCUGGCACCUAAAGUGGACGUACGGAUUGUCAUUCUGGUGACCGUGGUUACUAUAUCAAUCUUUCAGUACUACAGUUGGUGGGCCAGCUACACUGAAGCCAUCGCCUACCUAUCAACGGUCCCCAAGUACCGUAUCCAGGCGACAGAAAUAGCCAAACAGCUGGGUCUCCUGAACAAGACAAAAGAGAAGGGCAAGAACCGGCGGUCCAAAGAGGAGAUCCGGGAACAAGAGGAAGAGAUCAUCCGUGACAUCAUCAAGAACAAGAUCGACAUCAAGGGAGGCUACCAGAAGCCUAAAAUCUUGGACAUCCUGCUCUGUAAGAUUGUCCUGUUCCCUUACUGCCUGUGUGCCUAUGUGGUCUGGUACUGUAAGUGGAUCUACAGGUUCACCAUCUGCAGAGAGGAGUACGGAGACGAGGAGAAGCUGUACGUCAUCAGGAAGAACAUGAAGAUGUCUCAGUCUCAGUUUGACCGUCUGGAGGAGGAGCAGAGAGACACCUUACUGGAGAGGCAGCUCUGGAUCAAAGACAACUAUGAGGUGUACAAGGAGGAGCAGGAGGAAGAGAUGAAGACGAAGAUGGCCCUGGAUCCCAGGUGGAAGAGGUACCGACGGUGGAUGAAGAAUGAAGGACCUGGGCGACUCACUUUUAUUGACGAUUGACAACAUGCCUAUCAAUAAUCACACCCGACUUGUGCCUGUUAUACAGUCACAUUGUGUUUGUAUACCUGUGUAUUUUGUGAAUAAAUCUACUGAUGAUGUUUAUACAGACGAUUAACAGUAA